GAAGAAAAGGCAAAAAAAGAAAAAAAAAAAAGAAAAAAAUGUGUAACUAGUGCUAAAAAAAACACAUUUCUUAAUGAAGAUGUAAGAAUCUAAGAUUGUAAAUUCUCUGUACCCUUUUCAUAGCAGAGAUGGCAAUGGCGGUUUAUUGGAUCCUUUUCCCCGCCAUUUUGACAUCUUUCUUUGCUCCCACAUCGCAAAAUCAGCCGGACGACGGCCACUUGAACGGAGAAUUGCUCGAUGCUAAGUUCAAAAUCGCUCGUCUCGAAUCUGUUCUUGAGGAAAGCAUUCAAAAGCUCAAUGGGAAAAACAUUUAUCUCAAGGAACGAAAGAAGUUGAUUCAGGACAUGGAUGAGAAGAUUGGGUACCUUCAGUCUGCCUUAUUGAAUCUUAAGGAUGACUCACUACAUGCUGAUGAAAGGGUGAAGGCACUAGUAGAAGAGGUUGCUUAAGUUACAUAUGGCACAUAAUUUGUGUUCCAGAUUCGCACUCUACUCUUAUAUGUUUUCUUUCCAGUUGACAUUAUGAGCGGCUAGGAGUUUUCUGUUUGCUGUGCAAGGUUUGACUAAAUUGAGAAAUAGGCUUUAUGAUGCCUAGGUACAACUGCUUUGGGCUGCUUCCAGAAAGAACAACUUCAAUCUCCAUAUUUUAGAAGCUGAAGCACAGAAUGCUGAAGAUAAGUUAGCCCUGGUUACUUCGCAAGUACAAAAGAUGGCUGAAGUUAUUACAGAACAGUGGAUCCAGAUUCAACAUCUUGAGCAAGCACUUGAAAUUGCAAAGAUUAGGGCAGUAGAAGAGCAAAGACAAAGGUCUAUGAGAUGCACAUUCUUGAAGUUCAUCAGUGAUCUUUCUGAGGUCCAUCUUCCAAUGCUUCUUGGGGCAUUGAAUUUCGAUUCAUUUGGCAGCAGAUUUGGCCUAGCUUCGUACACCUCUCAAGCUCUGGAACGGUUAAAAAGAUUAUUCUCUUCAGUUAAGAAGUAUCACCAUGAGUUGCAAGCUUUCGUUAAAAAUCAUAUGGUAAGAAAUGAGUUCACUGCAGCUCUUGCAAAUGAGGAACUGGUUUUCAUCUUGGCUUCUGCUUUAAUUACCUUCCCAAUAUUGAGUGCUUGGAUGUUUCUGUCGUCACUGUUCAGUAGGUGAAGGUUGUCCCCUCUUCAAGCCAGCCGCUUACUCUGUUGAAUUACUGGAUGCAUCCUAACUACCAUCUAUAUAAUUUUGAGGUCCACACUCUACAUUUAUAAAAUUUUGUGCAAUAGGUUUCUGCCUGCUAUUGGCAUUCAAUAUAUAGGUUCCUGAUGGAAUGGAUUUUAUAUUUUGUCUGUGAAGCUGAUCUAAGAUACAUCUAUUGGUCUAUUCUUCAUCGGCUUUUGGUACACACUAUCUAACAUAUUCACUAUUUGAAAUGGGAAAGUUUUAAUCAUUUUAACCAGUUCGAGUGCAAUUUUCCUGUAG